CCACCUACAGAUGGCGGCUUCCCACAAACACAACAGCACUUUCAUCAUGGAGCGUAUCAAAUAAAUUUCUGCAAUGGCUGACACACGCCCACCUGAAUGCAAACUGGAUGCGUGUAGCGCAGUAUAAAAUGUCAAGUUUUCUCAGGCAGCACAUCACCUCUAUGGUGCAAGAGUUCAUUCCGCUUGGUGCCCCGCGACGUGACGGUGUAUCUGCCGCACCACAUCCUGUGACAGGCAGUCCUCGCAUUGAACCUCCUGAGAAGACUCCAAAGCUCUUGAACUCUCAGCCUAAAUGCAUCCCGCCCGCCAAACACCCUGAACAGGAGCAGAGGGACGAGUCCACUUCAGCCGCACUCAAGACCUCAAACAAGAGACCAGUACAGGACAAUAUUCUCGAUUGCAAAGUUGUUGUGAGAAAACUGCAACAGAAUAAUGGCAACAUUAACUCCAGGAAGAAUGGCUCCGUCCAUCCCACGGUUAAAAAGGAUAAACUGCAGAGGACACUUUCUUACAACAGAAACAAAGAACUUUCUUAUGCUCUCAGUAAGGAGCUGAAUGAGAACUUGAGGCUUGGAGGAGGAUUGUUUCAGUCAGAUGCUGCGACGGUCCAGAGACAUUCACUUCCUUAUACAUCUAACUCCAGGCGUAAGUCUGAGAGUAGUACUUCCUGCUUACUUCAGCAGAAACCUAAAGCAUUACUAAACACGGGGGAGCGGAUCAUCCACCAUCCUGAUCAGAAAAAAGAUGCAAUGGAGAAUAGAGACCACAAAACCUCCCAUUGUAGCUACGUGUCCAUACAAAAGGAUUUAAGCACCCCUCACCACAAGACUAAUCCUGAGGGCAGGAUGUUUCUACCUGUAAAGAGAAAAAGGGAGAGUAGCACAGACAAUGAAAAGGAAAUGAAACGCCCAUGUGUUGAUAACCAACUCACUUCCAGUUCUUCCAUCAUAAACUCGCCUAAAUUUGUCAAACGGGCGUUCGUGAAGUGCAGCAAUGAGUCCGUAAUAACUAUAAAGGAGAAACUGUCCCCUAAAAUGCUUCCUGCUGCACCAAACAGUGACAACAAACCCGGCCUUCUGCCUUCCUUCUCCAGCCGGUUGUUUAAACCAUGUAAGGACUCAAACUCUGCAAGCGACAAACCUAACUCUUGUCAAACCAGUAAAUUACACAAAGGCGCAGAGCCGAAAGAUGCUAUGGUGGCACAUGCCAACAAAAAUCCCAAAACUCCUCCCAGCCAACCACAUUUGCACAAGGUCUCUCCGAAGUCGAGCACAACGUUCGACAGCAUCGACACAGCGCUCUUUACGCCAGACUGUUGCCUACCAUCGCCCAAAGCUCAUAAUAAAAAAACGAACGCAGAGAGAGAAACUUGCACACGAACAAGUCCCUCUUCCAACCAUAAGGAGAGCGUUAAAAUUGUCUCGUCCCCCCAUCAUCCCAAUCUAAGAUCACCCAGCUUCACAGAGCAAGCCGGUUCUUGUAAGAUGGAAUCGGAUGAAAGCACGCAGUUGAAAGUGGAGCAGUCACGCAGCCCCAAGGCUAUCAUGCCUGCCCCAGCUGUGUCGGUAAAAGUAGAAGGAUCAAGAGAAAAGAAGUGCUGCCCCCAGUGGAAAGAUCCCUUAGAUAUUGAGUUGGGAGACGACUCUGACGGUGAGCACUGCAAUAUCAGCCUGAGCAGCAGCAGCAGUCACGAAGAUGAGCCGCUGCCGUCUCUGGAGAAGCUGAUGAGUCGGAGAGACCAUGUGCCUGUUACACCCGGAAAAGAUGCUUUUUCAGAGCCCAACACGCCUGUUUCUAAAGCAGCACCCGAGGCAGUGAAAACCAAAGCCGUUAGUUAUAGAAAUACACUGGAGCAGAUGCUGCAAGAGAAGGAGCAAUAUAAGAGGUCAAAAGAGUUGGAGAGACAGUUACUCGAGUCGUGUGAAGAGGAUCUCCUGAGUCUAAAUGAGAAUGAGAACAGUGAAAGUAAAGAGGAAGACAUCUCACUUGAGCAAAGGGAAUUUUUGCAAAGGUUCUCUGUCGCCUCAUGUGCCAUCAGGGACGUCCACCCAGGAGAGGAAAUAUUCCAGCCUGCUAGGUUUGGUCGACUCUUCAACCAUCUGACGCUGGACCUAAGGAAGAUUACUGUCACUCCUCAUAACAAAUCACAACAAAUCCUCUUCCAGGCCCGUACUGAGCAUGUGCUGUCUCUGAUCAGUGCUGGCUUGUUGAGGAAAGCCUACUUUUUUUCCCCUUGUCAGCCGGAGGUUACACACUGGCUUUUCCAGAUGAUGUCAGUUUACCCAAACCCAAUUAUUUCCUCACACAUCAUGCAGUCCUUGCAAACCAUUGCUCUGUCUGCUGCUCAACACAUAGUUGAACACCAGAGCCAGAGUUUUAAAGUGUGGGUACCUUCGGUAUGGGACAUCACCCUGGUUUUCCUGAACAUGGGGGCUUCGUUCAUCAGUCUGUUCCCGUUGGAGGCUCUGCAACCCCCUUUUACCGAGGGAGACCUUUUAGAGAGCUUUCAGCCUGAAGAAACCAGCCAAGGCCGAGUGAUAUCUGACAUGAAAAACAAUUUACCAAUACAUAAUUUGGAGAGUGUUCUCAGUUACCUCUCCUUGUGUACUGCACUGUGUCCAAAAGCGUACACUGACGAGGAGCUGCUCUUGCUUCUGACGCUGGUGUGUAGAAUCGGACUGGACAGUCAUUUUCAGCUCCUGCCAACUGGACACUUAAGCAUCCUGCUCCAGAAUCUGCUUAAAAAUAUCACUCACUGGGAUGUACAGAUAUCUAAAGCUUGUCAGACCCUGACUGAUUUGUCAGAAGAUCAUCACAACCUCAGGAGACUCGUUUAUCUUCUUCCAGACAGCAGUCGUGGAAAGCAAUUAAAACGACAGCUGAGUGUAUCGAUCAUCUCAAAGCUUUUGAAUCACACCUGCACUUAUAAACCCUCAGGGACAGAGUUUAAGCUAUCUGAACUGAAACCUUUCCUACCUCAAAUGCGCCCCUCGUCCCUGCUGAAAGGCCUCAGGUCUGCAAGGAGAGCAGAAGAUUGUGAUGUCAGUCUAGACCAACAAGCAUAUUACCUCUGCUACAGCCUUUUGACUUUGACAAAUGAAGCCUCCAAUUUUGAGUUUUUACCCUCAGCUCAGAGAAACGAUCUGCAGAGUCUUUCUUCUCAGCUGGAGAAACACAUUAAGUGUGACAUAAGGGAGAGUGAGAAAAUGCUGUAUAGGAGCAAGGUGAAAGACUUGGUGGCAAGGAUAUACACCAAGUGGCAGGUGCUUCUAACACGAACAAGACCUCAAGAGGGAAAGCUGUAUGAUUACUGGAAGCCCCCACCAGAGGACGAGGUGUCCAGCUGCCCUCAAAACAAGUUGUGCAUCAAAUCACAAGACACCUCAGAGUGUGCAGAAGAAACCCUGACCACAGAGUGGAGCGGUGCAGAGUCAGACGAAGAAGCUGAGAGCAAAGAGGAAGAGUGUGAGGAGCCUCAGCCUCCGGAGAGUGAGGUGAAGAGCAAACAGGAUGAGGAAGACCUCAGCCAUGAAGAGGAGAAAAAAGAUCAGCCAAUGCAACAGAUGAAGGAACUUGAGGACGAUAAAAAGUUUGAGCCAAUAUCUGAUGAGGAGGAGUUUGAUACUCAUGAUGACUCGGAGGCGAAGACCGAACGGGAUGCUGACGAUUGUGUGGAAGACAUCAGUGAGGAAGAGGAGGAAAAGGAUGAGCCCAAGCAACAGAUGAUGGAACUUGAGGACGAUAGAAAGUUUGAACCGAUAUCUGACGAUGAACUUUCAGAAACUCAUGAAGACUCAGAGCGCGAGGAACCUCCGCCUCUGGAGAGUAAGGAGGAGACCAGACGAGACGAUGAAGAUUGUCCGGAUGACGUCAGUGAGGAAGAGGAGGAAAAGAAUGAGCCAAAGCAACGGAUGACGGAGCUGGAGGAUGAUAGAAAGUUUGAACCGAUAUCUGACGAUGAAUUUCCAGAAACUCAUGAAGACUCAGAGCGCGAGGAACCUCCGCCUCUGGAGAGUAAGGAGGAGAUCAGCCGAGCCGAUGAAGAUUGUCCGGAUGACGUCAGUGAUGAAGAAGAGGAAAAGAAUGAGCCAAAGCAACGGAUGACGGAGCUGGAGGAUGAUAGAAAGUUUGAACCGAUCUCUGACGAUGAGCUGUUUGACACUCACGAAGACUUGGAGUAUGAGGAUGAUGAUGAUCUUCUGAACAGAGAGGAGGAGCUUCUGAAAGACGAAGAGCCUCAUGAGAAAAAAGAGCGCAUACCUGUAGAAAUCACUGAGGCGUUGGAGAAACUUGAGGACUUGUUAGAGAAAAAGGAAAUGAUUGUUGAUGAGGGUACGGAGGACUCUGAGAAAGAACAUAUAUAUAUUCUCAGGUCAUUUUGAGAGAAUUUUACACCGCACCUUUGUUGCCAUCCAUUCAUAAAUACUAUGUGUGGUUUUGUGCAUUUGUUAAUCGUUACAGGAUCUUUCAGUAACGUCAUGCAUGUAGUAUCUUGUUUAUAAUAUAUAUUCUGUGUAUGUGUUUUGCAUUUACCAGUUGUCCUUAUUUUGUUUUUACAAGAUUCUCCGUUUUUAAGAUGUAGGAUCUCUUUAUUGAAUGUCUGGUCUUCGUUUCUCCGAAAAUGAGACCAUGAGAACAUAUUUUUAUGUCCACACAUUUUGUCAUCUAUUGUAUCAUCUAUACGUUAAUGUGCACACUGAUCGGUUUCAGGAUCUACUUUUUAUGCUGCUGUCUUAACGAGUCUUUUUUUUUUUUUUUUUUUUUUUUUUUAAUUGCCAAAAAGCUGGGGCGUCUUUAUUCAGAAAAUACUACUCUAACAGUAAACACCAGAAGUUUUUAUGUGGCUUUCAAGGAUGUUUAAGCAUCUCGGCAGGUCGAAUAUAGUGUAUUUUUAUUAUCCAUUUGUUUACAAUCCAGUCUUCCUCAAAAACAAAAAUUUAAAAGUGGUGUUUGUCGUAAAAGUUUAUUUAAAGGGUUUCUGUAUUUCUUAAAAGAAAAGAUGUGUGAGAGAAAUUGCUUUGCUUAUUUUUAUGAAAAUAAAU